AUGACGAAAGCUGCUAAAGUUGCUGAAAACAAGUCUGAAGCAGUUCUUCACAAAGUGCAGUCAGGUGGAAUUGAAAGCCAUAAAGCUGAAGAUACUAUGAUCCGAAUCAAAAGGGCGAGAUACGCUAUGUUACUGGCUUAUCAGGGAAAGGAUUACUUCGGAAUGCAGAUUCAAAAAGAACAUCCCACCAUUGAAAGCCAACUGGUCACUGCCAUGAAUAAAUUGGGAUGGAUUACUGAUCAGAUGAUCGAUCAACCAGCUCUUUUCCAUUUGCAACGAGCAGCUCGUACGGAUAGAGCAGUGUCCGCUGUUAGACAGAUUUGCAGUAUGGAGCUUCCUAGGGAUGACGAAUACUCAGUUACUGGUGCGUCUCAACUAAAUGCUUUGCUUCCAAAGGAUAUUCGUGUUAUAGCCAUUCGUCGGGCAACAAACUCUUUCCAUCCACAAAAAAUGUGCUGUGCUCGAACAUACAGCUACACUUUGCCUACUUUCGCAUUUGCAAAACCGACAGAGCUUACAAAUUCAGCGUUCCGAAUUACUAAGGAAACUAUUGACGAGAUAAAAUCCCUUUUGAGCAUAUAUAAAGGCACCCACAACUUCUUCAACUAUACUUCAAGGAGAGAGUUUGAUGAUCGCAGUUGUUAUCGCUACAUACUGUCAUUUGAAUGUGGCGAGCCCUUCUUGUUUCAUGAUGAUAUUCGUAACGAAGAUGUUGAGUUCAUUCAACUUACUGUCAAAGGACAAAGCUUCAUGUUGCAUCAAAUCCGAAAAAUGGUGGGUAUGGUCAUUACUGUAGUUCGAGAGUUGCAGUAUAAGAGCUACAUUCAGAGGACCUUCGAAAGUGAACGGGUGGACGUUCCGAAAGCUCCAGGACUCGGUCUACUGCUGGAACGAGUUCACUAUGAUGCAUAUGAUAGGAGACAUGCAAAAACACAUGAACCACUCACGGACUGGGGAAGUGCUGUAGAGGCUCGUAUUGAUGGCUUGAAAUUCGAUCUUAUCACUAAGGAGAUUUUACUAUCAGAUAUGCUACAGUGGCUUGCAGAUCUACCAAGGCACAAUUUCUCCGUUGAUCCUGAAAGCGAAAGCGCUCCAAGUAACUCAUUUCUAACAAUGGCGUGCGCCAAGGUCGAUGAGGUACAGCAGCAUUUUAUUUAG